ACAGAAAGAAAACAGAUGUUUAGAGAGGAAUUCCCGAGAAUACCCCCGCACGUUCCUCAAAAUCUCGUCUCGAAAGCGCCAAUAGCGUCCCCCACACACACUCUCUCUCUCCCUCUCCUUCCUCCCUCGCUUUCUCUCUCCCCGCGAUGGAGAAAGCCGAGAGCUCCGCCUCCACAUCAGAGCCAGACUCCGACGACAACCACCACCGCCACCCGACGAACCACCACCUCAACCCUCCCUCCGGCCUCACCCCGCUCGAGUUCGCCUCCCUCGUCCCCUCCGUCGCCGAGCACCACUCCUACCUCGUCGGCCCCGGCCAAUGCUCCUCCCUCCUCGCCCAGCGCGUCCACGCGCCUCCAGACGCCGUCUGGUCCUUCGUCCGACGCUUCGACAAGCCCCAAACCUACAAGCACUUCAUCAAGAGCUGCGCCGUCAAAGAGCCCUUCCACAUGGCCGUCGGCGUCACUCGCGACGUCAAUGUCAUCUCCGGCCUCCCCGCAGCCACGAGUACCGAGCGCCUCGACUUCCUCGACGACGUCCGCCGCGUCACCGGCUUCAGCAUCAUCGGUGGCGAACACCGCCUCCGUAACUACCGCUCCGUCACCACCGUCCACUCCUUCGACGACGACAACCCCUCCGCCGACGGCAAGAUCUACACCGUCGUCCUCGAAUCCUACGUUGUCGACGUCCCCGACGGCAACACCGAAGAGGACACGCGUCUCUUCGCCGACACCGUCGUCAAGCUCAACCUCCAGAAGCUCGCGUCCGUCACCGAAGGAACCAACGGCGACGGUGACGGUAAGCCACACUCGCGGUGAGGAAGCAAGCAAGCCUCAAUAAAAAAAUAUAUAUAUAUAUAUAUUAAAGCAAAAAAAAGAAAAGAAAAAGGGAAUUGGAAUUUGAAACAAAUCUCUCCCUCCCCAAUUCAUAAAAAAGGAGAAAAGCAAAACAAGUUUUUCUCUCUUUUCUUUUUAUUUUCCUAAAUUCAUUUUGUUUUCGUUUUAUUUUAUUUUUUUCGGCUGAGACUCUCGUUUUUUUGUUUUUUUUUGUUUUCUGUUUUUGAUGAUUUUGUUUGCGCGCUCGCAAGCAAUAGCAUGUCCUCCAUGGUCGUCGUUGUGGAUGCACCGUUGAAUUUUUGUCAUUACAAUGGAAGAGGGCAUUUCAGUCAAUGCACGUGUACAGGAAAUGUUGACUUUGUGAUGCUUGUUCAUCGUGUCUUUUUAACCCGUUCUGUUCUGUGAAUAUCAUUUACUUUUUCUGCUCGAUUUUAUUCCAUGUACAAAUCUUUUUCCUUUUUCUCCCAUGAGUGCAAGCCUACUAAUUAAAGAA